GGAACAUUAGUUUUUUGUUGAAACUGUUGUAAAGUUGUUCAGUAUCUACCAAUUGAGUUUGUGCAUUGUGUAUUGUUAUCAUAAAAUCAGAGAUUUGAUCAUUAAUGCUUUGACAUCUGAAAUUGGUAUCGUCUGUUCAUCAGCAAAUAACCGAAUAAUAUUUACAAUUAUACGAACACUUGGCUGAGUUAACCAUAAUAUCUAUCAGGAAUCAGAAUGGAAUAUAAAUCAUUUUUUAAUGAAACAGAGCCAAAUUAUGGAUCAUUGUCAAGUGAAGGAAAGCCGAAAGUACAGCGUACACAUUCGAUUAUUUACUGCGUUCAUGGAAAAGCUGCAGCAGAUUGUUGUGAUCCUGAAACAUUAGACAUCAAAACUUUUAAAGAGCCAACAGACUCUCAUUGCCAUCGUUUGCAGCCGAAACUUUUAAAUGGAAUCGAUAAAGUUGCUAGAAUGUCAUUUGGCUUCCAUCGAGCUGAAGUUAUUGGCGCUUUAACAUCAGUUCUCUUAAUCUGGGUCAUUACUGGUAUUCUCGUAUAUUGGGCUAUCGUUCGUGUUAUUAACAGAGAGUAUGACGUUCAAGCAGAAAUAAUGUUGAUAACGAGUGCUUUUGGAAUCCUCGUCAACGUCAUCAUGGGUUGUUCUCUUCACGGACAUGGUCAUGGACAUGAACAUGGCUCGCAUACACACAGUCAUGGUGAUCCGAAAGAAAAUCAUUCAGAUGAAGAUCUCGACACAGUAUCUCAUACUUCACGAACUCAUGAUCCAGCUCAUCAUAUUCAUCAGAAUAUCAACGUUCGAGCAGCAAUGAUUCAUGUUAUAAGUGAUUUUGUUCAGUCCUGUGGAGUAUUCAUCGCAGCAAUUUUUAUCUUCUUCAAACCUGAGUGGGGAGUCAUCGAUCCAAUUUGCACGUUCAUGUUUUCAAUUCUUGUUCUCUUCACGACAGUUCGAAUCAUGAAAGAUACUCUCAUGGUUUUAAUGGAAGCUAAACCCGAGUACUUGGAUUACACCGAAAUCAUGAAAACAUUUUUGAGCAUUAAGGGCGUCUUACGCGUUCACAACCUUCGCAUUUGGGCCCUGAGCAUCAAUAAAGUUGCUUUAGCAGCUCAUCUCGCUGUCGAUAAAAACACAAAUACUGAAACCGUAUUGCGCGAGGCUACAGUUAAGAUUCAUGCCAAGUACGACUUCUUCGAAACAACAUUGCAAAUCGAAAUUUACGAUGACGAUAUGGAUGAAUGCAAAGAUUGUACAAAUCCAUAAUGGUAAAACUAUUCAAAUUCUUCUUGUUCUUCUCUUUUAAUGUUCUUCAAGACAGCGUUUCAUCAAGUCAAAUAAUCAAAAUUGAUAUUGAAAUUUAGUCCCUUUAGUCUUGUAUUAAACGGACUAAAAUGAUUUCCCAAUACGAUCAUCUAUCCAGAUAUAUCGACAUUAUUUACAUUUCAACAAAAUAUUUCAAAUUCUCUUUCAACUCUUUAUGUGAAAGGGAUGAAAAGAACUCAUUAUUGAAAUGGAAAGCAAAUAAACAAAAUUUCAAAUAUGUAGAGUUCUAAUAAUAAAUUUUAAAUUUUCUGUUUUUUUUCUAUAAAUAAUUGCAUGAGUUUGAUAAAGCUUUUGAAUAAAAUUUAAGUUUUAUAUUAUGAUGAAUUAAUCUAUAACAUUAAUUAAUUUUUAAUUAACAAGCAAAGAUACUUAACUAUCUUGGAACAUCUUCAAGUGUAAUGAAACUUUGGAAUUGAGAAAGUGAAGUUCGACAUAUCAGAAGAAUUCAUCGUGUUUAGGCAUAAAUCUCAAGUCUAUUGAAAAUAAUGUUUUCACCUUAAGAAAUCGAAC